AAGCCCACUAGCUAUAUUUGCGAUCCAGCGGUCUCUAUAUCACAAGAUGAAUGCUUGGAAAUUAAUGUCUCUCUCAUCUAUAUGCUGGCAUGGGUUAUAAGAGCGCACCAGUGAGUGAAAAGCUCUCCAAAAGGCCCUUCAUCUCACUUAAUCGGAUAUUGCAACAUUUUUCUCAGAACCAGGCAUUGUGUAACAGAUUGUGGCUGACUAUUAAGUGGAUUCCAGGCUUCUUAGUGCUAUUAGUUGAAGAACAAUAACAAAGAUGAUGCAGAAAAAGGAAGAAUGAUUUUACAUCUUGGAACUCAGAGCCAGCAAUAAUGUUUUACUCAGUUGAUUUGGCACUGUUGAUCAUUAUAUCCAAUGAAGAAAUGGUUUGGAAAUGGAUAAAGGUUUUGGCUUAUGUCUCAAUGUUUGUCACCUCUACUGUGGGUGGUGAGGACGUAUCCCGAAUGAAGUGUGCUGACUUCAAAAACACCACGUGGCUAGAAUACAAACAAGGCGCCAAGCUGCAGGUUCAGUACCUGCUCCUGACACGAAAGAAUGCAGACUGUGCCAGCCUCUUUUCACAGGACUGCCUCAGUCACACCAAGAAACACACCUCUUACUUCAACUCAUCACUCCCCACUAAAGUCAUCGUCCAUGGAUACAGGGCUCUGGGCAGUAAGCCCUCUUGGGUGAGUGGCUUAGCACAGGCGCUACUGCGUGAAGAGGAUGUGAACAUUUUGGUGGUGGACUGGGUCUAUGGAGCAUCCUUUGCUUAUAACCGGGUAGUAGAGAACUACAAGGAGGUGGCAGUGCAGAUUUCAGUUCUCAUUAAUCAACUUAUGAAGGAUGGAAGCACUCUGGAGUCUUUCCAUUUCAUUGGUGUGAGUCUUGGAGCACAUGUUUGUGGAUUUGUGGGGACCCUGUUUGAAGGCAAGCUGGGUCGAAUUACAGGUCUGGACCCAGCAGGCCCAAUGUUCAAGAGUGCUGAUCCAUUUGACCGCCUAGAUUCAUCAGAUGCCCUGUUUGUUGAGGCCAUCCACACUGACUCUGACUACUUUGGCAUAUCCAUUCCUGUCGGGCACAUGGACUUUUUUUUAAAUGGUGGAAUGGACCAAGCUGGGUGCGCACACUCAAGGUUUCCUUCAAUGUACGGUUAUGUCAUUUGUGACCACAUGAGGGCAUUGCAUGUUUACAUGAGCGCCCUGAACAACUCCUGUCUGCUGGUUGGUUUCCCCUGCUCCAGUUAUGAGGAAUUCCUGGCAGGAAAGUGCAUCAACUGUAAGGGCCCCUUCAAUGGCACAUGUCCACAAAUAGGCUUGUUAAAGAACAAUGGGAUAACAGUGUCUCCCCUGCUGAAUCAAGAGAAAGUCUUCCUCCUGACCACUGAUGCACCUCCGUAUUGUGCACAUCACAUCCUUGUGGAGUUGAAGGUUUCCCCUUUAGAUAAGACUGCUGAAGUUCAGCUCACCCUGAUCUCUGCGGGAUACCCUGAAACAGAGCUAAAACUCAAGCUAUAUACAAAUGAAACUGGGUGCAAAAGGGUGACUGGACACCCCGAGUGGCUGUGUAAAAUUGACUCGAUGCAGCUGAAAAACACCGGAGCACGAAUCUACAGACAAGGCAACAUCCACUUCGAGUACAUAUGCAUCUCCGAAUUCCCUCGAAACAGAGGGAUGGAUCCAUUAUGUGUGAAGAACAUUCAUAUUGGAAGGGGAGUACCAUGGUCACAUGACUUUGUCCAGGUGUGCUAAAUUAGGAGAUUACUAUUACACCACACAAGAUCUCUUUAAGAGAGGUGAUGCAUUAAGCAGGUAACCAGCUUUUAAAGCUUU